AUAGAUCAGAUUUUACCUAGUCUAGUGCCACCAAGGGAUCUUUGGCUGGUAACGUGCAGUGGCAUGCAAAAAGUUUGGGCACCCCAGUUCAAAUUUGUUGUUGCUGUGAAUAGCUAAGCAAGAAAAAGAUGACCUGAUUUCGAAAAGGCAUAUUGUUAAAGAUGACACAUUUCUUUAAUAUUGUAAGCAACAUGACAUAAUUUCCAUCUUUUACAGUUUCAAAAUAACAAAAAAAGGAAAAGGUCCAGAAGCACACGUUUGGGCACCCUGUAUGGUCAGUACUUAGAAACAGACCCUUUGGCAGCUUUUAAAUAUUUUUUGUAGCCUGCUAAGAGUCUUUCAAUUCUUGUUUGGGCCAAUUAUUCCUUCCAAAAGGGUUCUAGUUGUGUGAGAUUCUUGGGCCGUCUUACAUGCACUGCUCUUUUGAGGUCUAACCCCAGAUUGUUGAUGAUAUAUAGGCCAGGGGACUGUGAGGGCUAUGGCAAAACCUUCAGCUUGCGCCUCUUGAUGCAGUCCAUUGUGGAUUGGUGUGUUUAGAAUCUUUACCUGUAUGCCUGUUUUGGGAUCAGUUUAUCUUCUACUCACAGUAACAUACAUUUUGACCAGGGGUGCCCAAACUUUUGCAUGGCACUGUAUGGUUCAGCCCAUUCUCCUCUUCAGGAUAUAAGUCAUAUUCUACUUUUCUCCUUGCUAAAGAUAUAACAGAAAUUAUGCCAAGAUCAACUGACAUUACAACAGCCAUGCAACUUGACCUCUAAAGUAUACCAACAAUAGCUGUACACAUGUGUCCAUACAUUUUAUUUUAAUUAGGCAUUGCAUUCAUACUUACUUCAUAUUAAUUCAAAUAUUCUACGCCCGUGCUUUAAAACAAAUAUUUAUAAUAUCUUUUUGCAAAUCAUCACAUUUCUUUCUCUUGUUGUUGUUUCCAGUAUGUUCUUACGUAGAAAUGGUUCAAAGGUUACUCUUGUCGUAACGUCAUUGACUUGCGCAGUAAGGGCUCAGGGGUGGCGUCUGUGUGUGGUUAUUAUAGCCAAAUAAAACUAUUUGAAAGUUAGGAAGACGGCCCCAAUGAUAAAAUAUUAGAAUAAUCGUUUAUUGCAGAGUUAAUUUAGGUGUAACGUGCAGUGCCUUGUUUGAGAAAAGGUAAGUUCUGCCUGGCUGGCCAAAAUAAAAUUUGCCUCAGGACAGGACGAAUUCAUGGCUAGCUAGCCAAUUAGCUACUUAGCCCUUACCAGCAAGUGAUUUUCUCAAAUAAAGUUUGCAUUCUUGCUGGGUCAGUAAUAGGCGAGACCAAGUAACAACAGUGCAUGGCCUGCAUUUUACAAACUGACAUUAUCUGCAAACAACCACUGACCUCAACAAAUGUGACCGAUGUCUGACCAACGUUAGCUGUCUGCGUUAACUUUACACUAUAACCUGGCUAGCUAGCCCAGUUGUGUCGAAUGCAGCCUGUCCUAGGACAAAACAUUAUUUCCAUUUCUUGUUACAAACAGUGUGGCUCUGUUCAAACGAUAAACAAUGAAAUAUACCACUGAUGUUGUUUCACGCUGCUAGCAUGUUACGCUCUAGAAAGCCAAGCAGUGACGUGACGCUGAAAUCACUUUUUUUUUUGAGACAAUACCUAACGUUUGGUAGCUAGGGUAUGUUUAGGUUUUCCUCUUUCUAUAGCGCAAAGUCUACGUCAAAGCGUCUCAAGGAGGAUCAGGGCAGCAGUCCCAUGAAGGGUUCCUCAAAGGUUAGCGCUCGGCCUCUGAUGCCAGGCAUCUAAGUUGCAUUAUGCCUGCAGCUACUGUGGAUCAUAGCCAAAGAAUAUGCGAGGUUUGGGCGUACAAUCUGGAUGAAGAGCUGAAGAGGAUCCGGCAGGUCAUCCGUAAAUACAACUAUGUCGCUAUGGAUACAGAGUUCCCUGGUGUUGUGGCCAGACCCAUCGGAGAAUUCCGAAGCAAUGCAGACUACCAGUAUCAGCUACUGCGUUGUAAUGUUGACUUGCUGAAGAUAAUCCAGUUGGGUUUGACUUUCAUGAAUGAGCAGGGUGAAUACCCACCUGGAACAUCAACAUGGCAAUUCAACUUCAAGUUCAACCUCACAGAAGAUAUGUAUGCACAGGACUCCAUAGAACUUUUGACUUCAUCUGGUAUCCAGUUUAACAAGCACGAGGAGGAGGGUAUUGAGACCCUGUACUUUGCUGAGCUGCUCAUGACAUCUGGCGUGGUGCUGUGUGAGGGCGUGAAGUGGCUGUCAUUCCACAGUGGUUAUGACUUUGGUUACCUCAUCAAAAUACUGUCCAACUCCAACCUGCCAGAGGAAGAAGCUGAUUUCUUUGAGAUUCUUCGUCUUUUCUUCCCUAGCAUCUAUGAUGUGAAAUACCUCAUGAAGAGCUGCAAAAAUCUUAAGGGAGGCCUUCAGGAGGUGGCAGAGCAGCUUCAGCUGGAGAGAAUUGGCCCCCAGCAUCAGGCAGGAUCAGAUUCACUUCUGACCGGAAUGGCUUUCUUCAAAAUGAGAGAGAUGUUUUUUGAGGACAACAUAGAUGAUGCCAAGUACUGUGGCCACCUCUACGGGCUGGGCUCAGGCUCAUCCUAUGUCCAGAAUGGCACGGGCAAUGCUUAUGAGGAGGAGGCUAAUAAGCAGCAGUCAUGACAUGUAACCUUUGACCCCUCCGCCUCCCAGGACUUCACCUCACUCCAUCUUGUCCAGUCCUCCAGCAGCAUGAAAUAUCUCCACCGUUUGAAGGCAGUAUAAUGUUCCGUAGUAUGGCAAAGGCUUUUUCCCCGGAAUCUUGUAUUUCCAAGGUUGGUCGACAAACGAAUUGACACGGAGAAGUUAGUGCCGGCUCCACCCCACUCCAAACACUGUCUGGAACACCACGAUCAAGCAUUUCAUGUUAUUUUCUAUGAAAGCUCCUUGAAAUUGCUUAUGGGUUUGUUUUGAACUUCACACGCAGGGCAUCAUAUAAACAUCUGUUUGUAUUUUUGUUAGUUACAUUUUUCUUAAAAGUAAGUAUUUUGCACUUUAAAAGCUCUCGUCAGACUCGAAUGAAAAGCUACAAGAAAUGAUUUCCCUUUGUUGCCUUCUCUUUCACAACAUUUGUUUCAAUCCAUUCUUUGAAGAGCAAAGGUGUGACUAGAGUACUUGAUCUAAUUCAUGUUGUCCCCCAACAGAUCUCAGCCUUAAUAUCAGCUACAUUUUGUUUUCUUCUCUAGAGUCUAAUUUAUUGCAUUUAGUUUGUUUUGUGUCAAUCAUUGGAUAGCUGAGUAACACUGUUUUGUUAUGUUGUUGUGUUAUUCCCUGAUAAUAGGAUUAUGGCCAUGUUCUCUUAUUUUGAUAGACUAUUUUAUGGACAUGUCUUCCAUUCAUACAUCUACAGAAACACACACACACACACACACAUCUACAGAAACACAGACAGGCUGGUGCAACACCAUUUUACUGUUUACUAAGGGUGAGCACCAGCUUUACAGUACAGUACAGUACAGUACAGUAUGGUAUGGUGAGACAAGUGAUUCCUAACUGCCAUUAUUAAGAACAUUUUGAUCUUUUUUUUUUUAGGCUGUAGCCCAUUUUCAUUUUUAAGAAAAAGUUGACAUAAGGGUUUUGUAGGGUUUUAGUAAGAAGAGGAGCUCAAAGCCUUUUAUUCAUUGAAGAAAUAAUGCAUAGAAAUAAUCUAUCUUAUCCCGCCAACCUAAUAUCAGUGGAAUCCUUUUUACUUGCAUUGUGGAUUGUUGAACAAAGCGCAAAGUGUUUUUGUGCGUUUUGUUUUCUCUGACUCGUUUUUGUUUGUCACUUUAAAAUUCUGUGUUGCCUACAGAAGCACUGCUGCACGUGCCGCAGGUGUUCAAAUAAAUGCUGUGUUGAACAGUAUCCCAAGCUUUUCUAAAGGCUUGAGUGACUUGUGUCUAGUUGUGCAUGGGCUCAGCCUCUUAUCAUUUGUUGACUGUCAGAUGUGGCGGAGAACAGCGAACCUCAGCCCCUUAGCUGCUUUCUUUUCCUGUAAGGGGUGAUCUGGAGUUGAUGUGUUUGUGUUCAUGAAAAGUAGAGGUUCAGUUGGUUCAGUUUCUGCGAUUUAGCGGAAUGCCUCCUACAUCAGUGUAAACAUCCAUGGGCGUGAAUUAGGUUAUGUAGAAUCUACGGAAGCCUGAAGGUGACCGUUUUGAUGAUUUUGACAUUUCUAGACGUGACUUGAAAGUUCAGCUGUUGCAUGUGUAUUGUUGCGGUUGGGAUUUUGCGAGAAGAAUGCUAAUGUGAUUAGGCUAUCGUUUAUAGCAAUAUGUAUGAUUUUGGUUUACUGCAACCGUGUUCUUACCUAGUCUCAGUGGAUGUUUGCAUUCAGUGUACCAGGCAUGACGCUUAAAUCAAGAAACAGCCAUGGAUGAUUCCAAUUUUUAUGUUUGAGGUGAGACUUCUGAUAGUUUGGUGACUUAUUUAUGUGUAAAAGGAUUCAUCUUAAUGAGGAUAUGCAACGUAAUGGGUGAGUUUUUAGAGCUUUUGUAAAUAAAAGCUUUGUUUUUUUCUAACACA